CAUGGGUGGGAGGCCUCACUGACGAGUUUUUCAGGAAGCUGGGGGGGUCUCAGCAAAUGGGCAUUUCCACCUAAAGAAUUUGACACCUAUAUGUGACAUUCUUCCUGUCAAUAAAUCUUUAUUAAUUUGGUUCAGAACCACAGGAGCCCGGCUGAGUGACGUUUCCCCACACUAUGUAGCACCCCCCAUUCACCCACAUUAGGGAAAGGAUCAUUGAGGGGACACAAGAGUCCAGAGUAAGACACAAAGGGGUUAAAAAGCAAUAUGUCACAGACACACGCAUUCAGUAUGAGCUGCUGUUGGUUUCAAAUUAUUGUUACAUUUCUUUAAUGGGCGGAAACAUGAGCCGUUUGUCACAGGUAAAUAAAUCUGUUACUUCCUGGUUCAUCUCACUUGUUGCUCAGCAUGGGGGGGGGAGAGACCGGCAGUGACUCUUGUUAUUCCCACAUGAGCACUAUCAGUCUAUAAAGAAGCAAUGUGGCGCCUCUGUGUUUGCUGAGAUGCUGGUAGAAGAUAUUCAAGCAUCUGGGAGAGACGCCGUGCUGGGAUUCUGGGAAAGUCUCUUUGCUCUACACCCUCAUCCCAACCUGCUGGGGGCGCUGGAUGAACUCAGCCACGCAGGUCAUGGUCUGGAGCAGAAUAUCAUUCUGGACAAAUGUGGCCCUGAUCUCAAAGCCUGCCGGUUACAGCACAGAGAGGAUCUUCUGGAAAAAACUCAGAACCUGGUGGAACACAGAGCCCCAGGAUUAACCAAUGAGAGUCAGAGUUUCAGUAUCACUGAGCGCUAUUUAGACCUCAUAGUUGUCUCCAGCCAGCACUUCCGGUCUCGUCCUCAGCACGAGCUGAUUGCAACAGGGGGAAUCCAUGAACAUUACUUACAGAGAGCUCAGAGUAACCUGGAGAGGAUUAGCCCUAACCGGCUGUUCCACUGGUGCCACAGAAAGAGAUGUGUGCCACAGGCAGUGCUGGUGAGCGGAGUGCCAGGGGUGGGGAAAACCACAUUAAUGCAGAAGUUUGUCUAUGACUGGGCCAAUGGGAACCUCUACCAGAGAUUUGCCUUUGUCUUCUCCUUCAAAUUCCGGAAUCUCAAUAAUAAGGAGGAGCUGAGCCUGGCACAGAUGAUUAUUAAUGAAUAUCCCUAUCUACACAGUCAGCUUGACACAAUCUUUAGGAACCCAGUAAAUUGCUUUUUGUUUUUGAUGGUUUAGAUAAAAAUAAAAGCUCAACAGACUUUAAGUCAAGUAAGUUGUGCACCAACCCACACUCCAUAGGGACACUAAAUGUGAUUGUGUCCAGUCUGGUGAGACAGUCUGUUCUUCCCGGCUGUUCUGUCCUAAUAACCAGUCGCCCAACCAGACUAGCAACAGUCGAGGCUUCUGUUUUUCACAGAAUACUUGAAAUUAUGGGCUUUUUCCCCAAAAGAAAGGGAAAAGUAUUUUCUGCAUUUUUUUAGAGAUUAUACAAUGGGGGAGAAGGCUUUCCAUUAUGUGAGGGAGAACGGGAUGCUGUACACAUUCUGCUACAUCCCAUCCUACUGCUGGAUCAUCUGUACCGUCUUAUCCAUGUGCUUCAGGGCCCAAAGGGCAAACUCAGCGCAGACUGUGGAAUUUCUUCCCAAAACGGUCACACAGCUUUAUGCCAGUUUUAUUAGUAACAUCCUUGCCAAUCACUGCCAGGCAGGGUCUAUUGAUAAGAAUUUCCUGAUAUCCAUUGGCCGGAUGGCAGAGCAUGGGGUAAAUAAUCGCAUUAUUUAAUUUACUAAAGAAGAUUUAGACGGAUUUAGUGUGGAUACUUCCUCACAUUUAGCUACAAGCUUUGUGAUGGAGAGUGGGCAGCCUCCCCACGUGUCCUAUUCCUUCUUGCAUCUAACCAUACAGGAGUUCAUGGCUGCCUUGGGUCACUACCUUGACUAUUCCCAUGAGAGGCUGCAGAAGGCUCUUGAGGAGGCAAAAUCAACAGAAGACGGCCGUGGGGAAAUAUUCCUUCGUUUCAUAUCAGGACUCUCUGACAGUUCCACCAGAUCCCUGUUGAAGCCGUAUGUAGGGGAUUUAUCUGCUCCAGCUGCCAAACAUGUUAUCAGCUUUCUCCAGAAGUCAAUCACCACUCUACAGAAUCCUGACAACAGGAAAGUUCUGAAUGUAUUUGCCUGCCUCACUGAGUCCCGGAACAAAGCGCUUGUGUCCUCAUCCAUUGGAUCAAACAAGCAAUUUCAGUUUUCUGAAUUUUACCUGGCGCCUCUGGACUGCACAGUGUUGGCUUUCAUCCUGGAAUCCUGUAGGGAAACAGAACUUCUAGACCUUGGUACCUGUUUUAUUCAGACUGAAGGACUGGAGAGAAUAUCAGCUGCUCUACACUGUUACAGAUCUCAGACUCACCAACAAUAAUCUGAGGGACGAGGACGUGCCGUGCCUUUAUUCCAUAUUAACUCACCGGCAGUGCCGGAUCCAAAGGUGCAGCCUGAGGAACAACGGCCUGACGGAGUUAAGCUGCCUCCCAAUGGCUUUGGCAGUCAGUGAAAACACAUCCCUGAGGGACCUGGAUCUGUCCAAGAACAAACUGGCCGGGGAGGAUUUCUAUCAGUUGUUGAAGGUUCUUUCUGCCCCAACGUGCAGGAUAGAGCGUUUGGC